ACAGACUAAAAAUUUUGCCAUAAAGUCACAGAUUCACUCACAGGCAACGACUGGCCCGUCUGGACCAUAAUGUGUACCCUCGAUGUUUUCGCAAAUUAGGGCAUUUUCUAGAUUAUCGCAAAAUCGCAUAGCACAGCAGAAUGUAAAGGGGUUCAAGAAUCUCUAUGAUCUUGAGUCGCUGGAAAUCGCCAAGGUGUUUUCUGAAAAGAUCAAGGGGGACAAAAAAGUGGUGAAUAAAAAUGGAGAACCUGAAAGCACCAGCUUCCCAUCAGUUAAGGAGAAAAGGAGGGGUGCUAGGGUGGUAAAAAAUGAGAGUCUUCAAGACUACAAUUUCGCAGAGGUCGUGGAACCAAAAGAACCCCCCUUUGAGAGUUUAAAAAAGAACCCACUUUACCAUGAUCUAACGCAUGUGGAACUACAGCAGAUACAAGAAUUACAAGCUAGAAGCAGAAUUGGAAACCCAUACAAUGCACUGAAUAAGAACAAGGUCAUAAUGGACCCUGUGAGGGAUGCCAAAGCACUCGUCAAGGAAUUCAAAUAUGAGGAUGACGAAGACGUUGAUAGAAUCGACCGGAUGAUCCAGGAGAGAAAUCGCUUUGACGAAAUUGUUUCAAGAAUACGAACAAAAAUUCGACAAGAGAAAAAGGAAAAUACUGCAAUUCACAAGGCAAUGAUUCCAAGUAUAAGUGGUGUUGUGGUCGAUCCUAUUCGCAAGCAUGUAAUGCGUAGAGCGGCUAGAAUAGGAACACUUUUGCAUACACACAUUGAGCAGAUUUUUACAGCGAAUAAUCCGGAAUUCUUGUACUCUAUGCUAAACGGUGCCUCAAUUACAAUCAACCACGUGGAAAUGGCAACUAGCAAGUCGGUAGUAAAGUGCUUUUACACAAUAUUGAGUGAGCAUGAUAGCCGAGAAAUUCAGCCUCUUUUGGAUAAGGCGGCACCUCGUGUUCGAUUCUUGAUCGCAAGGAAACUGGAGCUAGGGUAUACUCCACCAGUCCGCUUCAUAGAGUAUAGAAAGCGAUCUGCUAUAAAGGACCUCCAAAAGACGGUAGAUACACAUUUCUUAACACCAAUGGAAGGUAAAAUUGGAAAGUCAAACUCUAGCCAAACCCGGACUGCAGAUAAAGGUCUGGAAAAUAAAAUACAAAAUGAAACUCUUUCCACUAUGUCAGAAGAUACACUUUUGGAAAUGCAAGGAACUUUUCACCGGCGUUAUUCGGGAUUUGGUUAA